AGGGGGAAAAACGAAAUUUACACAGAGAGCAAGAGUCUUCCAGCGCGGGGGGACGGGACAGGACAGGACAUCUUUAGGCAGUGGCAACUUCUCUCUUCACCAAAGGACACUGAGGGAUGAGUACGUUCUUAGGAAAGACUUUGCUGUCUACUGUGGCGUUUGCUACCGGAUUUGCAGUGUUUGCAAGGCCAUGGAAGGAAGACUCGAGAACCGUUAAUACUCGGUCGCUUGACGAGCAGAGAUUGGAUAUCAUCAAGGAUAUCAAGAACACGAAGGGGUACGAGCUGCUGGUUAACGACCGGAAGUUUGCGUUUGGUUCGCACUCGUCGAGGAUUCCAAAGACGUACAGACACCAGUACGUGAGCCAGGGGCUGUUCUUUGGACCUCGGCAGCUGGAGAUUGACCCGCUGGUGUUUGUCAACAACGAGGAUAACGAGUUGCAGGCUUACUACCACAUAGGUGAUAAGAUGGCUAGCUACGACGGCAAGAUCCAUAACGGAGUGCUCUCCACGAUGAUUGACGAGUCGCUGAGCUUCUGCGGCUUCCCAUGCCUGCCUAGUAAGCGGGGAGUCACGGCAAAGCUCUCGAUCGAGUUCCUGGACCACGUCCAGCCAGACUCGACUAUUGUGCUCAAGGCCAAGGUGAGAGAAAGCAAGGGUCGUAAGGUGAUCAUCGAUGGACACAUCGAGACGGUGGCGGACAAGCCCGUCAAGAUUGCACAGGCCGAGUGCAUCCUGGUUGAGCCAAAAUGGUUCAAGUACUUUACAUGGCUGAGCCUGUUUUAGGCGUGCUGUCUCUCGAACAGCACAAUACACACACUUAUUUAUUCCCCUACACCCGCACUCAGCUGUAGCCACAGACAUUCACAGACCAACACUCACAGACCAACACUCACAACCUCGUCGUCACCGUCUCCAUCCAAUGAGCCUGUGCGCCAGUAGCACAUCGCUCCAUUGUGUGUCCCGAACCACCACUACUCAUCGACAUAAAAGCGCAUCCACCACCAAAACCAACAACAUCACCCAUACUAGCAUCACCAG